GGAACAGCGCAAACCCUCUCAUUUUCCUAUAAAUUCUCUCGGCCCGAUCUCCACAAUCUCCGCAUCCUCUUCUUCCUUCGAGGCUUUCUCUGCCACUGCCAUGGCCGCCACUAUGGAGUCCAUCAGCGAGUGGGGCCUUUCGCCUCUGUCCAUCGUCGACCCCGAGAUCCAUGAUCUGAUCGAGCACGAGAAGCAUCGGCAGUCUCAUGGCAUCGAGCUCAUCGCCUCCGAGAAUUUCACCUCCUUCGCCGUCAUUGAAGCCCUCGGAAGCGCCCUCACCAACAAGUACUCCGAGGGUAUGCCCGGCAACCGCUACUACGGCGGGAACGAGCACAUCGACGCCAUUGAGAACCUCUGCCGCUCCCGCGCCCUCGCUGCCUACCGACUCGAUCCUUCCAACUGGGGCGUCAACGUCCAGCCCUACUCCGGAAGCCCCGCGAACUUCGCUGCCUACACCGCCUUGCUCAACCCUCACGAUCGCAUCAUGGGUCUCGAUCUCCCAUCCGGCGGCCACCUCACCCACGGAUACUACACAUCCGGAGGUAAGAAGAUCUCCGCAACCUCCAUCUAUUUUGAGAGUCUCCCCUACAAGGUCAGCCCUGCGACCGGCUACAUCGACUACGAUAAGCUCGAGGAGAAGGCCCUCGACUUCCGCCCCAAGCUCAUUAUCUGCGGUGGAAGCGCAUACCCUAGGGAUUGGGAUUAUGCGAGAUUCAGAUCCAUCGCCGACAAGUGCGGGGCCUUGUUAUUGUGCGAUAUGGCUCACAUCAGUGGCCUGGUGGCCGCUCAGGAAGCUGCAAAUCCCUUUGAGUUCUGUGAUGUGGUUACCACCACAACUCAUAAGAGUCUCAGAGGUCCUAGGUCUGGCAUGAUCUUUUACAGGAAAGGCCCUAAGCCUCCGAAAAAGGGACAGCCAGAAGAUGCAGUUUAUGAUUUUGAAGACAAAAUCAAUUUUGCUGUGUUUCCGGCUCUACAAGGUGGCCCUCACAAUCACCAGAUUGCUGCAUUGGCUGUUGCAUUGAAGCAGGCCAUGUCGCCAAGUUUCAAGGCAUAUGCCAAGCAGGUCAGGGCAAAUGCUGUUGCUCUGGGGAAUUAUCUGAUCAGCAAGGGCUACAAGCUCGUGACAGAUGGAACUGAGAAUCACCUUGUUCUCUGGGAUCUUCGACCCCUGGGCUUAACUGGAAACAAGGUGGAGAAACUUUGUGAUCUCUGCAAUAUUACUGUUAACAAGAAUGCUGUUUUUGGUGACAGCAGUGCGUUGGCCCCUGGUGGCGUCCGGAUUGGCGCUCCUGCAAUGACUUCAAGGGGUUUGGUUGAAAAGGAUUUCGAGCAGAUCGCAGAGUUCCUUCACCAAGCCGUCACUCUUUGCCUUACCAUCCAAAAAGAACAUGGCAAGUUGCUCAAGGACUUCAACAAAGGCUUGGUGAGCAAUAAGGAUAUCAAGGAGCUGAAGGCAGCCGUCGAAAAGUUUUCGGCAUCAUUUGACAUGCCUGGCUUUCAAAUGUCCGCAAUGAAGUACAAGGAUUAGGAUGGCUUAGUUCGCGCUGAUCUCUCGUUUCAUGCUUUACCGUUCCAUUUGUUUUGAAAAAGUUGUGCUUGAUUUGGCUUUUAACGCCGAUCGAAUUUUAUUUUCUUGCUGUUAAACCAAAUGCUCUUGCUUCUUGUUAUGUUCCUGCCCUUGCUUCUUCAAAUCCAUUAUCCUGCUUUGUUCAACAA